AUGUCAGCAAAGGGCCCUAGUAUUGCACCAAGACAGCUGCCAGUAGCUCAGUCACCGAUUGCCAUUGCAGGCUCUCCUCCGUCAUCGGCUUCCGCAGGUUCCACUCCGAAAAGUAUUGCUAGCCCAAACACGCACAGCAAUAAUACAGCAUCAUCAUCACCAAAUAGACAUGACACGGCUACCGCAAACCCUACCACCACACCAAAGAGUCUAAACACCAAAGGUUUGACCCUGAUUAUGACUUCAAAAGAAUGGGUUUUACCACCAAGACCCAAACCAGGAAGAAAACCUAGUGUUGACACUCCGGCAUCGAAAAGGAAAGCACAAAAUAGAGCUGCACAAAGAGCGUUUAGAGAAAGAAGAGCUACUCGAGUCCAAGAGUUGGAAGAAAAGUUGAUGGAAGUUGAGAAGGAAAAAGAUAUCAAAGAAAUGGCAUUGAUCAAUACUAUAAAUAAAUUGAAAGCGGAGAAUAGCUUCCUAACAAAGAGUAUGGAGCAAGUACGACAGGAGAUGGCCAUGUUUAGAGCGUCGCAGGAGGAAAUGAGACAGCAGUUGCCACUACAGCAUGCACAAUCACAUCAGCAGCACUCAUCUCCACGCAUGCAUAAUCAACAACAGCAAAGCAUUGCACCUGCACCUGUACCUCCUCCUCCUCAACAACAACAACAACAAUUUUUCAAACGUCAGUCAAGAAGUACAACUUCAUAUUCACAGUUUGAACAACAGCAGCAGCAACAGCAGCAGUAUUAUACAAGCAAUUCAGGUCAAAAUCUGUCCCCGCUCAAUAAUAUCUCCCCAACUGGCUCUUCAUAUUCAUUGCAGCAAAUUUCACCAGCACCGUCUGCAGAUCUGCCGCCCAAUGUUACUUCAAGGAACAAUUUCCAACCUCACAGUACAAUUAGUCGUAACAAUAGCAGCAACAGCAAUCAAACACAACACACGUUGACACCCGUGUCCAAUAACACUACUCCUGAUAAGGCUUUUGCAUCUGGAUCCAAUGGCAACACUGGGGCAAUUGAUGCAUCGGAAUUUGAUUGUGGAGUGUGUAUCAAGGAUGAAUGUUUAUGCGAAUCAGUGGGAUUAAAGGAGCCACGCAAGACUGGAGCUGAAUUAGAGUUGGAAAACCAACUUUCAUCAAUCAAGCCUCAACCAGCUGUCUCACUUAGUCGCAAAAGAAAAGCUCAAAGUGUAGAUGAUGUUCAAGAAAUAGACUUCACAAGGCAAUUUUCCACGAAAGCCAAACCUAUGCCAGAUUUGACCAAACUAAGAAAACAAGAGCAGAAUCUGAGAAGAGAAAAUACCGGCUCGUCGGUAACUAGAGGCGUCCUUGACCAGAGUAAACCACAGUCCAAAUCCGGCGAUGGCAGUUCCGAAUUCAAUGAAGACUCACCUAUGGAGAACUGUGGAUUUUGCUCAGAUGAUACCCCUUGUGUUUGUCGUGAAGCAGCUAAGGAGGCAGCGAGAUUAAAUGCGUCAUUGAAUGGACCAGAUAAUAUUAUUGUGGAGGAAGAUGAAGAACAGCAUGCGGAUCACGAAAUCAACGAACAAGACGGGGAUGAGAAUACCCUCCCACCAUUGCAAUUCAACUUGACGAGUAAUAACAACACCACCAAAAUGGCACUUCCAGUGAUGCACCCAGGACCGUCAGUGGAAAUUCGAGAUAUAACCAACCUAACACCAGGUGCUGUGCCAACAAUAAUCCCGAGACCAAACCAAUCGUCAUCAGACACAUUGACAUCUCAGCAGACACAAUCAGAGGAAGAUGCCAACACGAAUGGAGACAGUGGCAGUGGAUGUACAGGGAACCCCGGUACUUGUAGGCAAUGCCAAAUGGAUCCCAUGUCAACAUUAUUCUGUACAACAGUUGCUUCCAAAAGUAGAGAUUCCUCAAUACGAUCCAAUUUGUCAAGAAACCCUUCAAGGACUUCACUACUGUUGAAUUUUGGACCCAACACACCGAGCGCGACUCUUCUCAAUAGCAACAGCAGCAAUGACAGCAACAGCAACAACAGCAACAGCAACAACAGCAACAGCAGCAACAGCAACGACAGCAACAGCAACAACAGCAACAGCAACAACAGCAACAGCAACGACAGCAACAACAACAAUAAUUAUAACAAUAAUAAUAAUAAUAGUAAUGCGCCUAGUCCCAUUCCCCCACCAUUGAUUGCAUCAAACAGUACCACUAACAUUGCCGCUAGUCCUGGUGGAGGUGUGAAUGGAUUAUCUGCGUUUAUGCCUACUACUCCAGGAUCAGGAUCCAGCGGCAGUGACGGCACUGGUGGGGGUAUGUUUAUUCCUUGUGCUGAUGCGUACAAGACUUUAUCCCGUCAUAAGAAGUUCAACAGUGUUGAUUUCAGCACCUUGGUUGGCAAGUUGACAACUAGAGGCAUGCAGGUGGAAGUACAGUCUGUUGCUAAUGUUUUGAGAGAAUUGGAUCGCAGGUUGUACAAUUGA